AACGACACCCUUCCUAUCUGCACUUUGCAGGUCGGCACAAAUAAGCCAACGAUGCGCCGGACACGCGCACCUGACAGAUCGGUGUCUUACAUUCUCAUAACGCUUUACAUUGUCAACAGCUCUUACCGAAGAUAACGGAAAGAGAACACGGAGCCUCUGAUGCAUCCUCCUUUGGUUAAGUUUGCUGUCGUGCAAUUAGAAGGGAACUGCUUUGCUUCACAAUUACACGCGCUAAUCGGCUUUUAAAGAGCGCUGCCGAGCUUCACCCUGCUAGUCAGCAUCCCCAUCUCGACGUGCGGCUUUAGCUGAUGCAGACCUGCUUAACUGGGUAAUGUCAAGGACACCAGAGGAAGCGUAUAAAGAGAAAAGCAAGCGGUCGGAAUCUGGAGUUGUGUGAUUAUAAUUAUUUGAAAAAGGCAAGCAUACACGUCCAUCGGAAUCGUCGUAGCCUAGCUAUUUGUAGCGGCUGGUUGUGCCAUCUAGAGUUCGGUGGGAGAGCACUGCAGCCCCUCUGAUCGCCACAAACCCGCACGUCUGCUCUCUUUUUUCGUCGGAGACAAACCGAUUAGUGUGCUCGUCCUGCAGUAAUGAACUCGGAGACGAAGGCUUUCGACAAGAGCGCAGUGCUCGGUCGGGUGCAAGGACCGCAACGUUUACAGUCUAACGCGCAACGCAGCCAUUAGGAGACACCUGCCGUUUGAGGGCAUCAACGGGAAGGAAAUUCUAUACUUUUCUUUUUUGGAAAUAUCUGAAUUUUCAUCUUGAAGUUGCUGUUUUCCUCUCAUUGGAUAACCUUUUUCUUUUCAUACUUUCGUUGGUCUACUGAUGGAAUAUAUGCGAAUUGUGAAUGUGUGCAAAACUGGGAGAGAACUACAGAAUUAAAAUUGUUUUCUGCCAGCGGUAGCUUAACUGUUGUUUUUAUGUCUCCUCACUCCACUUCUGCUUCUGCUGUUGUUAUUCGUUUGCUUGGAUGAUUCCAGUUGGCUUGAAGCGAGUUUAAAUCUUGGAGAGGGGAAAAGUUCAUUUAAAAGAAAGGGAUCUACAUAAAUAACACUGGAGUACCAGACAACUGCUUUUUGUUGCAAUUUAGAUGUCUUACCGCGGGUUAAAUUAUCACAAGCAAAGGAAUGGCUGGGAUUAAAAAUAAGCAAAAGUGUAACAGAGGAGGCCCAGUUUGCUGUCACUCUUGCCCAUUGAGUGAAUCUAUGAAAAAGGAUGGACUUCAAUGAUACUCAAACAGAAUUCAUCAAACAGUAUUUAUAACGAAGACGAUCACAUAAGGUGAUGUUGCAGUGCAGGUUUCUUCUGCCAGAAAGUGCAAUUUAUUGAUUUCAAAGAUUGCUAGCUUCAGACAGGACAGGCUGAUCUAAUGAAGUGGAGCAAUAGAACAACCCACCAUAGGAAGAGAAGUGAGAAAGCAUCACGUUUCAAGCAGAGACGUUGGAUACAGAAAUAAAUUUUUGCCCUAGCGCUGAAGGAUCCCAAGUUUUAGUGAGAAGGUAUAGUGAGAAGGACUACAGCACUAUAGGAGAGAAAUUUAUCCCAGACACUUUUUACUCUCUUCCUCAGUCUUCUGAUACUUUCUCUGACACGGCCUAUAAGAUGGUGUAUUUCUGAGUCAAUGUCUGCUUUGGAGGAGAGAAAGCUGUCAAGACAAACCCGACCCACGGCAAAGUCAAUAACACUGGAGCAGUUAUUGAAAAAGGAAACUUACUUCAGUUAAAUGGAGGUGAUAAUUAAGCUGUGAUUCUGUUUAGGAGCUAUGUGAGCAGUCUGAAAUUAACAGCUGUCCACUUUUACGGCCAGAAACAGAAAGUCCAAACCAGGAGACAGCGUGACGGUGGCCCUAUGGCAGAAUUCUGCUCUAAAUAGAUCGUGAUUGACACCUUCGACAUUCCAGCUCACAAAGUUCACUGGUCAGAGAGACACUGUUUCUGAUGUUUUGAGGACAUUUUGUAAACAUACGUAAAGGUCCCACUGCAUGAUUUAACAUGGACAAAGCGCUCUGCAGCCUCCUGAUUCUUGGAACCACAGCAAUGAUGGUCUACGCAUGCCCAAAAUACUGUGUAUGCCAGAACUUGUCUGAAUCAUUAGGAACCCUCUGUCCUUCAAAGGGCCUUCUCUUUGUGCCUUUUGACAUUGACCGUAGGACUGUAGAGCUUCGCUUGGGGGGCAACUACAUUAUUCGAAUCACCCAACAAGAUUUUGCCAACAUGACGGGAUUAGUGGACUUAACAUUAUCCCGAAAUACUAUUAGCUCAAUACAGCCAUUUUCUUUUAUUGACCUUGAGACUCUACGUUCACUGCAUUUGGACAGUAAUCGUUUGACAGAGCUUGGGUCAGAUGUCCUCAGGGGACUCAUCAAUAUACAGCAUCUCAUCCUUAACAAUAAUCAGCUAAGUCGUAUCUCAAAUGAAGCUUUUGACGACACUCUACUGACAAUGGAGGACCUGGACCUUUCAUAUAACAAUCUCCAAAGCGUUCCAUGGGACUCUGUCAGAAAAAUGGUUAACCUGCAUCAGCUGAGUUUGGACCACAAUCUUAUUGAUUAUAUAGCAGAAGGUACUUUCACUGACCUCCAAAAACUGGCUAGGCUGGAUUUAACGUCCAACAGACUGCAAAAACUCCCUCCUGAUCCAAUAUUUGCUCGCUCACAAAACAAUGUGGUGCUCACAACACCUUAUGCUCCACCACUGGCACUCAGUUUUGGAGGAAAUCCUUUACAUUGUAAUUGUGAGCUUCUUUGGCUUAGGAGAUUAGACAGAGAGGAUGACAUGGAAACAUGUGCAUCUCCGCCAAGUCUCAAAGGACGGUAUUUUUGGUACGUGAAGGAAGAAGAGUUUGUGUGUGAGCCUCCUCUAAUUACUCAACAUACCCAUAAACUUCUAGUGCUAGAAGGCCAGACUGCAAGUUUAAGGUGCAAAGCCAUAGGAGAUCCACCACCAGUUAUUCACUGGGUGGCACCUGAUGACAGACUAAUUGGAAACUCCUCAAGGGCUGUAGUCUAUGACAAUGGCACUUUAGAUAUUGUGAUCACAACUUCCAAGGAUUAUGGAACAUUCACUUGCAUUGCUGCCAAUGCUGCUGGGGAGUCCACAGCAUCUGUUGAACUCUCCAUCAUACAACUUCCCCAUCUCAGCAAUGGGACAAAUCGUACCUCACAACCCAAGUCAAGACUGUCGGAUAUAACCAGCUCAACAAAAAGCAGCAAAGGAGAGGCAAAAACCACACCAGAGAGAGUUGUUUCUGUAUCAGAGGUGACUUCAGUUUCAGCAUUGGUGAAAUGGGCAGUCAGUAAAUCAGCACCAAAAGUAAAAAUGUACCAGCUACAGUAUAACUGCUCUGAUGAUGAAGUUCUUAUUUACAGGAUGAUUCCUUCUGCAAGCAAAGCAUUCCUGGUGAACAAUUUGGUGUCUGGAGUUCAGUAUGAUCUUUGCGUACUUGCCAUUUGGGAUGACACAGCAACAACCCUUACUGCCACAAAUGUGGUAGGAUGUGUCCAGUUUAUCACCAGAGAGGACUACCCCCAGUGCCAGUCCCUGCAUAGCCAGUUCCUAGGGGGGACCAUGAUUCUAAUUAUAGGAGGAAUAAUUGUUGCAACUCUUCUUGUGUUCAUUGUCAUUCUUAUGGUGCGGUACAAAGUGUGUAGCAGCGCCAAUUCUGGGAAGAUCCCAAAUGUAAGCAACACCUAUUCACAAACUAAUGGGGGCCAUCAAGUUCACAAUGGGGUUUUGCCUCAGGUCAACCCUAAAGUUGUGGUGAGAGAUGAACUAAUGGAUUUUAACUGUGGCUCUAUGCAUAGCAGCAUGACCUCAUCUACAAGCUCUAUGGCCAGCAGGGAUGAUGACUACAGCGUCCACAGUAACAGGAGCACUUUAUCUAAUAAGUGGAGGCCGGUCUCCAAGCCCAGACACAAUGUUGACCACCUCUUGGGGGCUUUUGCUUCUCUUGAAUUGAGAGGCCAGAGGCAAGAGACAGAUCAUACUGAUUCAAGAAGCUCAACUCUUAAUCCUCACUCUGACAAGGAGCCCCUAUUGGGUCGUGGAGAGUCCAAGCUCAGAAGCCUUCUUAUGUUACCUCUGGAAAGCAAGCCCAAGAGGAGCCAUUCCUUUGAUAUGGGGGAUUUUUCUACAACUCAGUGCUGCAGCUAUCCCAAAAAGAUCACCAACAUCUGGACUAAACGGAGCCUUUCUGUCAAUGGAAUGUUGUUGCAGUAUGAUGAAGGUGAUCUAGAAGGCAGCAAAGGAAACUAUGGGAGCUCGGAAUGGGUCAUGGAAAGCACAGUUUAAACUCAAUCAGUAUAUAAUAAACCUGAAAACGUUAUGUGCAGUCCAUAAUGGCAUCUUUUAAGUCCCAACAUUCUAUGACUUUCUUUCCCAGGGUGCUGCAUUAAUAAAUGUGCAAACAUUUUCACAUAGUGUGGCACUGCAGCUACAGGCUUGAAGAUACCUGUGAAAAAGUUAAAGAGCACCUUGGGUAACAUUUAAAACAUGUUGUACACGGAUAAAAUAUUUUAAACAGCCAAUUGUUUAGGAGUCAGAUCAUAUUUACAUGAAAAGAAAAUGACACCGGAGCUCUUUCUUCAGACCAUUUAGUGGAACAGGGUUAUAGACUGCUGGGUAAUGCAAAAUCCUGCAUUUGGGAAGAAAUGUAUAGCAUUUGGAAUGCAGUUUUAACUAUUGAAUGGUAAUAAAUAAAGAAUAGGAGCUAAGGUUACAACAAAAUUUGUAACUUGGUAACUUUUAUAGUUUUAAAGAUAAGAGUAUUUAUUACUUGCCUGCAAAUGAACAUGACUGAACAAACAAACUGUUUUAUAGUGAACUUAAAAAAAAAUGUUUUCAUUUGCUUCAGCCAGUAAAAAGAACUGUGCUCAGUCUGAGUAUUUCUUUAAACUGGUCAAGGAAUAACCCAUACAACGGGAUCUGACAUCUGGGGGGAGUUGGGAUGACACCCUUUUUAAUGUGUGCUUCGGUAAGACAUUGACGUCCACCUCUUUCCCGUUGCAAAUUAUUUAAUGGGGUAAUUGCAUUUUGUAACAAUCAUAUCUGAAGUUCAUUCCAACUUGCAUUAGAUAAUGCAAUGAAUGUGUGGGGUGGGGAGGGGAUGUUGUCAUCUAGAGUACUGGGGGCCUAUGGUUUGUCCAGAAAUGCAUCUAUAUUUCAACCCAGAACACCAAUGUUUGUGUUACAGAGAUGGUCACCAGCCCAAUCCACUUAAUCAGUGUGAAAAUCCUAUGUCCAAUGAAAUUCACCCAAUAAAUCAUUAACAGUAUUAAAUAGUCCCAUAAAAUAAAUACAUGGAUUUAAAUUACAGAAUUACAUUUUUAUAAGACCCUUUUGACAGUGUUAUUUCUGGGACAAAUUAGGUGCAAGUAUGAAUCCUGAUUCUACGUCUAUUAAAAAAAGAAGAAAACAACAAACAUUUUUGCUAUGAAAAUGUAUUUUUUAUGUUUUAAUUUUAUUUCUUUGGUGUACCUCCCCUCUGUAUAUUGCACAUUUUGUACAAUAACUUUGUGAGUACCAAUGAUGAAAAUGUGUAUUUUGUUAAUGGGAGAGUGGUGGAGGCAAAAUCUUUACUGUUUCUUGAAUGUGUAUUUGAGCUCUCAUACUCACAUUUCUUGUUUGAGUUGUAGAAAAUGUUUCUGUGGUCUUUUCCUUUUUUUUGGUACAAAAAUGAUAAAAUUCAAGACUUCUUAAA